UCCUGGUCCUGCUUGGGGCCAGAGAGAAGCAGGGAGGAGGAUCCAGGUUUUUGCUCCCCCGAGGACCUGGGGGAUUGAUGGCCAAGAUGCUGUUCUGCACAACGUCGUCCAGGCUCAUGUCUCUUGCCCCGUCACUCAUCAGAGAUUUGUACCUGAUCUGUGCCUUCUCUCACCCCAGCAAAUUGCUGGACUGUGACAGGCUCCUGUGGUUUUGACCUGGAAUCCCAUCCCCGUCUGGGAGUAGAUUUCCCACUGGGACCUUCGCGAGAACUGGAACAUUGCUGUAAACGUGGACAAAUCAGGAUUUUGGCAGGGACUGCAAUCUCUGCCUGCUCCCCAGUUAAUCCCCAGCGAUGGCACAGGGGGCUGGGCUGAGGCUGUGCCAGCAGGGUUCCUCGGUCCCCAAAAGUGGCUCACACGCAGUCAGAGUCUUUGCUUCAGGCAGAGAAUAUCAAUGCAAAGCCACCCUGUCCGCUGCUGCAAGUGGUGAUGGGGCAAUCUGGGAACAUCUCUUUAGGAUGUGGCUUGUCAGGAGCUCUUGUGUAAGCAAUCCUCCCUGCAUAACUCACUUGCGUGGCUUAGUUUUCAGCUGCAACAAUUGCCACAUAAGGACCCUCCUGUAACUGCCCAGCAGGAUGUGUGACCAGGCUCCUUGUGAGAUGGACCUCACCCAUCUCCGCACGUUGGGUAUCAGAUUCACAGCUGAUGGGAAAUGGUCUAUGCUAUGCAGCAAGGCCAUCUCCUCCCACCGCAGGUUGUCUCGCCUCCCUGUCUGCCUUCUCUCUAAUGUGCUUUUUGGAAAGCUGCCUCCUUCCUUGGGGCUGGUCCCAGAGGAGGUUUAAUGGGUUUAAUUCAGGCACUGUUGUGGUGAGGUGAUUAAUAAUUGAAGAAAUGAAGUCAUUGCUGAAUAGAUUUGAAGGAAAGCAAGAACAGAGGGAGACAUUCGACAAAGGACAGCAAGGUCCUUGUGAUCUACCUAGCUCUCCCACCUCCAUUGCCUGGCUAAAAGCAUCCUGGUCCCGUGUGGCCUCUCGAGCGUGAGGGCCUAGAUCUAGGUGGGUUGGUCUUCAACCCCAAGCGAGUGAUCAUGAGGCAUGGAGGUGUUUAAGGAAUGGGUUGAUGAAGUGCUUAGGGACAUGGUUUAAGGGAGUGUUAGGAAUGGUUGGACUCGAUCCAGUGGGUCCUUUCCAACCUGAUGAUUCUAUGAGUCUAUGAUUCUAUGUGUUAUCGGCUCCCUUUUACCGAAGAGCAGAGUCACGUCCUCUUCUUCCAUGGCCAGGGCCAAGUGCCCAUUCUGGGACCUGGGCUGGCCAACUGGGAGGCUGUGGCCAGGGCAGGAGCAGAGGAAGGUGGCUGGAACAGAUCUUUUCUACCUGCUGUUCCUGCUGCUCGAAGCUGGGCUGUCCGAGUUGGAGUGAGGAGCCAGGCCAUGGGGAGCUGGUCAGACCACCCUGGGUUGGUCCAGUCCCUCCAGUGGCUCUGCUGGAUUGUGCUUCUGGGCUCUCGCCCAGGCUUGGCAGCUUUGCAGGGAUUUGAGAGGCUGCUUUCUGGUGAGAGAGGGUGCCUGGCUUUUAUGCAGAUUGAGAGCUGCUCUGGAAGUGGAGAAGGCACAGGGCUGUUCUUGUGUGUGGGCUGUUCCCCUGCCUCAGGUUCCAUGGGGAGAUAGUGAAGGACAGAGGAAAGGUGGGUUGGGCACCACUCCUCUUACCCAGCAGGUCUUUACUGAAAGCCACGGCUGGGUCUCAUCUGCUUGGUUGCUCUGUGCUCAUCUCGCUCCUGUCCAAGAAGCUGGACUGCAGCCUGGAGGCAGAGUGAUGGGAGAGCCUGGCACAGGGGUGUCUGGCCUAUGCAGGGACAGAAGCUGGCUUCCCCAAUGCCACCCACCCUGGUGAAGCUGCUUUCAUAUUUCUGGGACAGGAGACCUUGCGCUUGGGCUGUGGAGCACGGUCACCUUUCUUGCUUUCAGUAGCUGGGUUGUCUGCACCCAAGUAUCUUCUGCAGGAUGGAGACCAUGGGUCUGAUGUCUGCUGAGACAUGGAGAGGAUGAUGUGUCUCUGCUUCCCUUUGGGCAGCCUAAUGUUCAGCAGCAUGUGACAGCCAUCAAGCUCUGGCUCAGGAUGGGCAGUAGGGACUGGAGCUGGUCCUGCUCCCCAUUGCAGAGUCCCGCAGGGCAGCCUCCCCUUGCUCCUCACGUGUUCCAAGGCUCCCACCUGUGACAGCCCAGAAGGGGCUGCUCCCGCUCUGCCAGGACAUUGCUUCUCAGGUUGAUCUCAACCCAAAGGACCUGCAAGCAAAGAGGAAGGAGAAAUGUCAGGAGAGGAGCCAUAGGGGACUGCAGAGGCUGUGGGUCCUGGCUGGGGUGAGGGAUGCUCUUCUCCUAGGGGCUAGGAGCUCCCUUUCCAACCUCUCUUCCCAGCCAGAGCUCGAGGAGUCCCAGGGUGCUGCAGCAAUGCUCCUCACCCUCCCGUGGCCUGGCCCAGGCUCAGGGAGAGCACAGAUCCCCCUUGUUUCGGCAAGAAAAUAGAGGCACAGAGAGCACCACAGACCUUCCUCUGUUAUCCCACUGGCUGCGCCGGCACAGGCGGGCACAGGGCUCUAUGUGCUCUGCUCUCUUUUCCCUGCUGGGGGUGAGCUCCAAAAAUGGAUCCCUUUCAAUCACCCCUUAAGACACCCCAAGACACAAUCUCCUGAGCCCAGCAGAGGACAACCUGUACCUGGAGGGCACAGCUUCUGGAAAGCCAUGCAGCAGCAGGGCGGCGGCUGUGAUGAGCCUUCGAUAAUGCAACCCUGCAACCACAAAUUCAACCCUGCAGCCACAGUUUCAACCCUGCCCUCACUGCAAGGCUGUUCACUCAGACCCGGAGGGCAAAACUUACUUAAAGGGGACCUACAGGAAAGCUGGGGAGGGGCCCUUGAUCAGGGAGUGCAGGGAUAGGACAAGGGGAACAGUUUUGAGCUGCAAAAGGGGAGAUUGAGAUGAGAUCUUAGGGAGAAAUGUUUUACUGCGAGAGUGGGGAGGCCCUGGCCCAGGUUGCCCAGAGCAGUGGUGGUUGCCCCAUCCCUGGAGGGGUGCAAGGCCAGACUGGAUGGGGAAGUGUCCCUAACCAUGGCAGCGGCGGAACUGGAUGGGCUUUGAAGUCCCAUCUGACCUGAACCAUUCUAUGAUUCUAAAGUGCCCACCUAGUGCAGGCAGAGGACAGGAUCUUGGGUGCAGAGUGGUGGUCCAGUCAUAGCAGGAGGAUCCUUAAUAGAGCAAAGAACACUUCGGGCAGCACAGUGCACCAAGAGGAGCUUGCAGGGCUGAACCCCGGAAUCUCGUGUCAAGCACAGCAAGGGCCAUUCCGCGACAGCCCAGCCUCACUCCUACAAUAUAUCUUCACCCAGCAGAACCAUGAAGACCUCCACAGCUGCCUUUGCUGUCCUUUUUGUGGCUGUCCUCUGCUACCAGGUCUCCUCUUCUCCACGUUCUGUGAACUUUUCUGGUCCCUGCUGUGUCACAUAUAGCGCUAAACCGUUUCCCCUGAGCCAUGUGGCAACAUAUGAGUACACGGGCAGCCACUGCUUCCAGCCAGCUGUGAUAUUCACCACCUUCCGAGGCCAGAUGGUUUGUGGCAAACCUGAUGACAAAUGGGUCCAGGACAUCAUAAAGAACCAAGAGGUCAAGGCAAGCAGAGGAUGAGCAAGAGGGAGCACCCUGCUCCCUCCAAGCAUCAUCUCUGCAAGACCUCACACAGGCACCUCCACGACACGUCCCUGUUUUCCUAUUGCCUGUGAACUUGACAGAUUAUUUAAUAGCGUUGAGCUCUUUCAUUUAAGUUAAUGCAAAGGCAUUUUAAAUUUAUUUGGCAUUUUCGGUGCAACUUUUCAUUCUAAUUUAUACUGAUUGUGAUUUUAUUUUGUAUAAUAAAAGGGAGCAAAACCUGCAGCGUCUCCUGCUGGCUCUUGGGAUGAUGGAUGGAGG